AUGCGAGCUAUUCAGGCCGAUCUUAUCGAUCCCGAGUUGACACCAUCUCCGGAGAUUGACACGCCAGGAUUCUUUGAUUUUGACGUGGUGGUCAUGUGCAUGGCUCUUCAUCAUAUCGAAGACCCGGAUAACAUGAUAUUGCAGCUCUCAAAACGGCUGAGGCCAGGAGGAAUCUUACUUGUUAUUGACUGGGUUGCAAGCUCGGCGGGCAGUAGUGUUCAGACCGGAAAUCGAACCCAUUUAGAUCAUACGACAGCCAACAUGAAGCCCCAAGUUCUUCUCACGGCUGGUCUCGCUGCAAUAGCCAUAGCCGACCAAUGGCCCAUGGCCAAGGAGAAAUGCGGUCGUCUUGGACCCAUGGAAUGGGAUCCCAAUGAUCUUCCCCCCGAUGUUGAUGUCAUGAAUAUUCGAAUGUGCGCCGAUCAUCCCAUGGGAGCUGGAAACUACUGGGGAUGGGGCGAAUAUCUUCCUGACUGGUUUCCUCGCAACCCUUUUGCUGACAUGGAGAUUAAUUGGCUUUGGUGGCCUUAG